UCUAAAGUCAUUUCGUUUACUGACGGGUGCUACGAUUUAAUAUUCUCCUAAUGCUUUAUCUUUUGCCCGGAUUCGUUAGUAGACAGACGGACGGUUGGCACCAGAUAGUAUAUAUGUAAAAAUCGGUUUAAUAAAUUUAAUAAACAGCAAUUGAAAGAAGCAAUAGAAAGCCAACCUGAAGUGGAUGAUAGUCGAACAACGAAUAUCCACGAUCGCUUUGAGACGUGUCUCAACAAACGUGUAUAAUCAAUCAAAGAAUUCAUGUGUCUCCAGAGGAAUUGUGUUAAGUGUAUAAAAAAAUGUUGGUCAUAAAUGAUCAGAGCUGUGUGUUUAGACGGUUUGUUGGCAAGAUCACCUCUGGAGAAAUAGUUAUUAAGCUCGUACUUUCAACUUGACAAAUAUCUUAGCAGCAUAUCUGAAUAACACCAUAAGCUGACUUUUAUGUGAAAUCCGGAGAGAAACGACGAGUGAUCGUGCAAAAUUACAGUCUAAUAAAAAUUUAAAUAGAAUUAAAGAUGGCCGCUGAAAUGUCGGGCAAGUUGUGGAAAUGUUAAAAGAACCAAGUAACUACACUUUAUGUAUACCUGUGAAAAAGAAAACAAAACAAAAUCAUAUAAUGACGGUAUCUAUAGCAAAAAAUAUUAAAAGAAAACUCGCUCUUUAGCAAAUAUGAUAAAGGCGAAAACAAGUAAUCAGCAACAGUACUAGAAAGUACUCAGCAGCUUAAGCACACGUGGUUAUGUGUGUAUUGGUGCCGCAUACGAAUACUUUAUGUAGCAUUAUGAUAAACAAGUGUUCAGUUCAAUAAGACAUUCAAAUCGAUUUUAUUGGUAUUAAUUGCCGAUUGCCAGCGGCCGAGUUUGAAGAUCCGUUUAAUUAAGGGACCAAACAAAUAGCGAAUCAAAGAAAGAAGAAUAAAAUGAAAAAUUAUAUUGCACAACAUUAUAGUUUGAUCGAAGCUCACCAACUCACCAUAAGUUGUCAGCAAUUCAUUUACUCACAUCAGUCAACGAAUAAAACUUAUAUUUUUUCACUGAUUCUAUUGUAAUCGGCCGAAAACUAAGUUCAAAGACGAUCAUGGCUGAGUCCGGCAUAAACAUGGAUUUCGAUCUUGAGUAUUUCCCCAUCGAAGACUUAGAUUUGCUUUCAACUGAAAUCCAAGUUGCUGGGAGAACGGAUAAUGUAGAAUUCUAUGAAUUAAAGGCUGCGACCCGCACAGUACGAUUUGAUGAUAUUCCUACAUUCAAGACAGCUGUUCCAAAAUCUCGUACACAACUCAAGCAACAGUUGCAGCGCGAACAACAGCAACAAGAGUUGGAGCGGCGUGAAGCAGAGAAAAGAGCCGUUGCCGAAGCUGAAGCCGCAGCUCUCCAAGAGCAAGUAGAGUCUUAUAUAACACAACAGAUUCCAAAUCAACACCAAAACCAGCAGCUACAUUCAACAAUAACAAACACCCAACAUGUAAUGGGUUAUAACAACAGUGUGGGGUAUAGGCCAGCUUCUAAUAGCUUUGGAACACCUUUUAAUGAAGUGCAAAUGAACCAACAAAACUAUUUGGCUCAACCACAAUCAGUCACAUCUUCUGGUGCAAGUUCUAGUCCAGUUAUGCUAAAGGGGCCGUUGCAAAGUAUCGGUGUGGAUGUGCCAAAACAGGUUUUGCAGGUGCGUACAGUGUUGGAAAAUCCAACCCGUUAUCAUGUCAUACAAAAGCAAAAAAAUCAAGUUCGACAAUAUCUAAGCGAAUCUUUUAAGAAUGAAUGGGAGAAUAAAAAUGCACUCAACUCACCAACGAUACAAAAUAUAAGCCAUGAUUCCAAUCUUAACAAAUCAGAUUUUAUAGAAACCAACGGAAGAGGAGAACUAAAUGCCGCAAAUUCGCCUCAGUUGGGGCUCACACCGAGCAGUUCUACUCCCAUGCUAGAUGAUCCUAUGCAGUUAUCACCCUCUCCUUUUGGUAUGAAUGGCGGAAGCAGUAGUGUGGCAACUAGUAGCAACUGUCCGUUCUUUCUUCCUAACGAUCAAAAUUCAGUCAAAAGUUUUGGAGCCGACAGUGCAUAUAAGAACUCAAUUGGAGGUAACUCCUCAAGUUUAACAGGUGGAAAAAGUUGCGUUCUCAGUGGAGGAAAUACAUUAUCUCUUGGUGGGCGUUCGUCUGGGCCAGUAAAUUCUCUGAGGACUACGAAUUGUUCUAAUGUAUCUACAGCCAGUCCCGUGCAGUCGGCGCCCAUGUCUCCUUUGAGUUCAGUGGCAACUAGUGCAUCCGAACUCCUCUUGUUUGACAGUGAUGCAGACGACUGUUUAUUCGAUACGGAUCUUAAGUUUGAUAACUUCUCAUCUGAUUUGGCCAUAAAACAAGAACCACAAUCCUUUACUGAUGCUGAAAUGCAUGCAUUAGCUAAAGAUCGACAGAAGAAAGACAACCAUAAUAUGAUCGAACGAAGACGACGAUUCAACAUAAACGAUCGCAUUAAAGAACUGGGUACGCUGCUGCCAAAAACAAACGACCCGUAUUACGAAGUGGUACGUGACAUUCGUCCAAACAAGGGCACAAUACUUAAAUCUUCUGUCGAUUACAUCAAAUGCCUGAAACACGAAGUAUCACGACUGAAACAGAAUGAAUUGCGUCAACGCCAAAUGGAAUCGCAAAACCGAAAGCUAUUGAAUAGAAUAAAAGAAUUAGAAAUGCAAGCAAAAUCACAUGGCCUACCAUUAAGUGAUUUCAAUUUAACAUCAGUAUCGGCACCUCCGCCAGCUUCUUAUCUCAAAAGUUCCAGCCCUCCAUCACCACAUAGUCAUCAUUCAACAUCCUUAAUUCCUGACAUGGUAGAAAAGCUAUCAGUUAUUACCAGUGAAGCCAGUCUCAGUAUUACUCCAAUUGACGACCUUAUGGAAGACAGCAAGCAUCCAGUCCAAGGUGGUGAUCCCCUACUCUCCUCUAACAUUAGUCACUUUUUCUCAGCGCCACACUCGCCAACUGCAGCACAAUUACAGUGUUGUAGUAGUUUCGAUGGUAAUGACUGUAUCGGUGACAAUGGCAGUGAUUGUCAUAAUCAUAACUGCCAGAAUAACCAGCACUCAUUAGAUGACAUCUAUCAAAACGAUGUUACAUCUUCAGCGUCCACGGUAGGCCACAUUAACAAUAAUUGUUGCAGUAGCAAAAGAAAAAGUAUGGGUAGCGGCGUCUGCUGCCUAACGACAAGUUGCCAUCAAUCGAACCAUAAUCAACAUAAUCAUCACCAUGACCACCACCACAAUCAGCAACAGCAUCAACAUUCUCAGCAACUACAACACCCUCAAAAUGCGCUAAAGCAUAGCUGCGAAAAGAACUCGUUCAAUAAAAGUCACUAUCUACAACACUCGCAUCACCAAAUGAAUAAUAAUGACAUCAGCAGCCUACCUAAGUCGCCGUCGACUUUACAACACGGUCGGGAUCCAUUGCUUUCUUCCUCGCACCACCAACAAGUGGAACAAAAUCUUCCCCUAAAUGCUAUUGAGCCGUCCGCGCUCCAGCAUCAUCACCACCAUCUGCACGAUGAAGACCAUCACAUCAGCGUUUCACACGCCUCAGAUGACCUUUCCAGCGCCAUGAUGAGUGAUUCUCUUUCCCUGGUGUCGUCCGCCACAAAUGAUCCUAUGCUGUUGUCGCCUGAUUCCUUGGAUAUAGACCUGGCAUGAUGCAAACUCAGGCGAACAAACAAAACUUAAUUUAUCUUACCUACAAUUGUAUUCUACAAUAGAACAAACAAAUUAAAAUCAUUGCAUCGGUCGUAUUAAAAGUUAAUACAACAAAAAAACCUCUAUAUAAUUUUAUUGAUUAUGUACAUUUAUCUAAUUGUCUACAAAAUUUAAGCGCAGAAAUAACAGAAAUUGUUUGCAUGUAUACACAUAAAUGCAUAUAGAGGGGUUUUCAAUAGGUGCGCUCGAACUUUGAGUUUGUCAUGUAAUGGUCAUGUUGGUAAAAGUAUCAAGUUUGGCGUGAAUAACUUUUUAGUCUUAGUAUUAUUUCUUCUAAGAUGAGAAAGGGCCGCGCUCACUGUGGUUCAUUAGGCUGCGCUAUUACAGAGGAGCCAUUUGUAUGAAAUUACGACAUACUCGUCGAAUGUAUGUAAACAAAAACAAUUGAGACAAUAUCCUUUAAUCUGUUUGAUUUAUUUAGUUUAAUAAUCCGAGCGUUCUUAGUGAAAACUCCUAUACAUGCAUUCAUAUGCAUAUGUGGAUAGUGCACGCUCAUAUAUAUAUGAUAAUCUUAUGAACAUGGUUUGUUAAUUGUUACAUGUUUAAGAUGUAAAAAUGUUUUAGUUUGAAAAUUUACCUUUAUGUAGCUAAAUGCGAUAUAUAAGUACAUACACGUCUUUGCAUAUAAAUUUAUUUAUAUGCUUAUUAUUACAAA